AUGAGUGCGAGUAGUGCAAAUCCAGAUAAACGCAUAGUCUCAUUUUUCAUAUGGGACCCUGAGUUAGAACGUAAAAUUGACUGUGAAGUGAAAAUGAUCGAUGGGAUUAGUAAAUUACUUCAUGUAGUUACAACAGUUGAACAAACUAUUGAGUGUAACAAAGCUCUGAUACUUUCACAACAACGUAUGCUAGCUUUUAUGGCUGAAAUCAGACGAAAACAACAGAAUUUACUUCGACGCGAUGAUACAACUCUUGAACCAACAAAAGCCACUGUUGUUCUCUCCGAUAUCCGUUUACCGUUGCAAUGGUCGAAGAUGAAAAAAGCCAAAACAGAUCAAAAGAAGUUCGCUGUAUUCUGUUUGGCACGUAUUGGCUGUGAGAUCAUCGAUACACAGUUGAAAUUUAUCGAUAAACAUUCCACGGAAGUCAUCUUUACAGAUCAACUGGUAUUUGAGAAUGUUUCACAAAAUUUUGAAUUGCAUCUCGAAAUCUAUGCGCUAAAUAAAAGUUUAGCUGUAUCUUCGGCUGCAAAAGAUUUCGCAGAUCGAUACAGUUACUUCUCAACGUUUGGAUCGCCGCGACUUCGACGUAAAGAACCGGAAAAUGCCAAGACUGAACAACAAAAACAAUCGAAAUUCGUUCUGAUCGCUCGCACCACUUACACCAAAGAAAGUGUUCACAAAAUGCCGAAAGCUCGUACGUUGACCAUUGAGCCUUCCCAACAAAAUCCGCUCAUGCAAUUACCGAUCGACAACAGCUGUAUGUCACGUUUUCUUAUUCAACCUGUAUGCUACACACGAUCAGGAAUAUUCGCUGGUAUUGUCCAAAAUAACAAUCGAUCCUAUUCUUGUAUAUUAACUGGUGGAUCCUUGAAUGGCGAAGAAAUCAUGCGAAACGAUUAUGUUGAACCAAACCGAAUUUCAAUACCUAUUACGCCAGACACGCUGAUUUUAUCAAGGAACGAUCAUUUAUCAUUUUCGAUCUAUAAUCGAGGUUUUGAUCAAGAAGAUUUCUUUGUUCACGAUCUGUUCACACUGAACAUGUGGAUUCAGGCGUUACAACAGCAUAUCGUGGAUAUUCGUGCUUGGGUAAUGACUGCCGAACAUUUGCCGUCAUCAAGGCGCUAUUCCUAUCAACCCACCAUCUCAUCAAUCAGUAUGACACCGUUGACAAAAAAACCGACACUAAAAACAAAAGCACGGUCAUUAGAUAAUCUUCAUCAAACUGGUAUUUCUUCUCGGCCCAUUCCAAUGAUCACUUUCAAUUCGUCGAAAAAUCUUAGUUACGCAAGUGAUCAAUACAGUACCGAUGAUGACAACGAUAAUGACGAUGAAUCGAUAUUACAUACUAAAUUAUGA